AUGCGCGCUUUCAGAUUCGUUCAAAUCUGGGCCCUGUUUGCCAUCGGCGCCGCAGCCAUUCCAACCCCAGUCAAUGUCCCUGCGGCUCUGACUAGCCAGUUGGAGCCCCGCGCCGAGGAAGGCGGUUCUGCGGGCAACAAUAUCCAUCCUCAAUCGCAGGAGAAGUCGCCUUUGACAUGCAUUUGGUGCGGCAAGAAGAAGAGUGGAGGUGUUGCUUUGGUGGGGCAUAUGGUAUACAAUCACGGAAACGAUGAACUGGUAGCAAGAAUAGGAAAAGACGCUCAACACAACAGAUACGAGAAAGACAAGGAAGGAUUCAGAUAUUACAAGAAGUACCCCGGUGUAAAGCUUCCUCCCCAAACGUGGAGAGCCGAAGGCGUCUAA